UGCGACGUUAGUUUUAGUUGUUGAAAGGGGACAGGAUUUGGAGACUCGCACCUUGCAUGGAGGUUGGUGGUUUCAAUUCGCUGUAGUCAAUCGGCAGUUGCGGGGGGAAAUGGGGUUUGCUUUUUUUUACGAAGUAAGUACAAUGCCAGGUCAAUUUUUAUUACUCCUCCGGCUAACAGUUCGGAGCCGGGAAAUCGGGUUGACGAUAAAGAGCACUUGAAAUCGCUCUCCUUUUUUUCUUCUUUUUUGGAUUCUACUCUUUAACUUCAAAAGCCAUUCUGUUCCAGAAAGUAUCAUAUUAUACUGCACAUAAACAGUUCAAGAUCACAUAAAAAAAGAGAGCCUCUCUUUAUCCAACAACUAUUUUGUUAGCUCAAACUACCCUCGUAUGGCACAGUCUUUGAGCCCAGAAAACCACCAAAAUGAUUCCAGACACUUCAUCUAUAGCCGGUUAUACAAUUUUUCGGGAAGAGGCCAACGACGCCGCUCCAGACCUGACUAAGCAGGGUCCGGUUCAUCCUCUCGACCCUCUCUCCGUCGAAGAGAUACGUGCUGCAACCAAGAUAAUCCGUGAUUAUGCCACACCCAAGAAUCUCAAGUUCAACUUCCUCUCGCUGCGCGAACCCGCCAAGGCCGAGUACCAGGCCUUCCGCGCCGGCCGCGGACCCCGUCCGGUCCGCCGCGCCUUCGGCGUCGUGCUGAUCCGGGGCACGCCAGACUCGGCCGAGGUGCUGGUCAACCUGGACCGGCUUGCCGUCGAGACCUGGCAGCAAGUGCACGACAUCGGCCCAAUGCUGACGCUGGAGGACCUCGACAUCUGUGAGCGCGUGGCCCGCGCCGACCCCAAGUUCCAGGAGGCCUGCCGCGAGGUCGGCAUCACCGACAUGGAAAAGGUGUUUGUCGACGGCUGGGCCAUUGGCUUCGACCACCGCUGGGGCAUGGACCGCCGCCUGCAGCAGGGGCUAGUCUACUACCGCAACACGCCCAACGACAAUCAGUACGCCCACCCGCUCGACUUCUCCGUCGUCAUCGACACCGAGAAGGAGAUCGUGCUCGCCAUCGACGUCCGCCACGUUAACGGCGAGCGCACCAAGCCGCCGCUGGCCGAGCACAACUACACCCCAGAGUUCCUCUCGGCCGGCUACCGCCACGACAGGCUGAAGCCGAUCGAUAUCACCCAACCCGAGGGCGUCUCGUUCAGCAUGCGCGGCAACGAGCUGUCGUGGGCCGGCUACAAGAUGCACAUCGGCUUCAACUACCGCGAGGGCAUCGUCCUCUCCGACGUCAGGAUCUUUGACGAGCACGAGCAGCGGGAGCGCACCCUCUUCAACCGCGUCAGCGUCGUCGAGAUGGUCGUCCCCUACGGCAACCCCAGCCCGCCCCACCACAAGAAGCACGCCUUCGACGUGGGCGAGUACGGCUCGGGCUUCAUGAGCAACUCGCUGUCGCUCGGCUGCGACUGCAAGGGCGCCAUCCACUACCUGGACGCCGUCCUGGCCGUCAGCACCGGCGAGCCCGCCCUCAUCAAGAACGCCAUCUGCAUCCACGAGGAGGACAACGGCCUCGCGUUCAAGCACACCGACUACCGCAGCGGCGAGGCCAUCUCGGCUCGCGACCGCAAGCUCAUCAUCUCGCAGAUCAUCACCGCCGCAAACUACGACUACGCCUUUUACCACAUCUUCAACCUCGACGGCACCUACAAGCUCGAGAUGAAGCUGACGGGCAUGCUCAACACGUACUGCCUGCACUCGUCUGAGACUGCCGCCCCCUACGGCACAGAGGUGGCGCGGGGAAUCACUGCCCACAACCACCAGCACAUCUUCUCCCUCCGCAUCGACCCGGAAAUCGACGGGCCCAACAACUCGGUGGUGCAGAACGACGCCGUCCCGUCCGAGGCACCGCUCGGCUCGGCCGAGAACCUCUACGGCAACGGCUUCUACUGCAAAAAGACGCCCCUCCUCACCGCCAAGGCCGGCGCCGCCGACUACUGCCACGAGACGAGCCGGUCCUGGGACAUCACCAACCCCAGCAAGCUGAACCCGUCGACAGGCAAACCCAUCGCCUACAAGAUCCUCAACUCGUCGUCGCCCCGCAUCCUCGCCAAGCCGGGCAGCAUGGUGUGGAAGCGCGCGGCGUUUGCGCAGCACGCGCUGUGGGUCGUGCCCUACGAGGACUGGCGCAUCUUCCCGGCCGGCGACUACGUGCCGCAGUCGCAGGGCCAGCUGGGCCACCCGUACAACCCGACCGUGGCCGACUGGGCCGCGCGCGACGGCCCCAUCGCCGACACCGACAUUGUCUGCUACAUCCAGUUCGGCCUCACCCACUUCCCCCGCACCGAGGACUUCCCCGUCAUGCCCGCCGAGCCCGUCAGCGUCACGCUGCGCGCCUCGAAUUUCUUCGUCAAGAACCCCGCCCUCUGGCUGCCCCCGGCCCAGCUCGGCGGCGGCGACAAGACGUCGCGCAAUGCGUUUGGCAAGGAGGCGCAGGUGCCUGCCAAGUCUUGCUGCCAGGCUCCUGCUCUCAAGGGCAAGUUGUGAUGCGCCCGUCCGUCUUGUGUUAUUGUUUUUUUUUUUUUUGUUUUUGGCAUGACUGCAUAGAUUUGAGCAUUUAAAUCGAUCUGCCGGUGUUCCCCGCGUGGUUAAUUUUGCAUAUUGCAUUGUCUUUUAGACGGCGGCUUGCGUAUGACAUUUUUGGAGUAUCUUGCAUCACUCCGUCUAUGAUUGAUGACGAAGUCUGGUUAUUCAGAGGGAAUUUCCCGUAAUGACUUGAGCCUGUUUUGGUAGUAUAGUAUGUACAGCCAUUUGACUCCUUAUAAAGUUGCUUUUAAAUCUUGCUCUGACAACUGCGUUUUAUGAAAGUGAGC